UCACAUUAAAAUAGAAUGUGUUUGCAGCGUAAAGAGAUGGUGAACGACCUGGACGGGCCGUACAGGAAGACGUUCACCCCUGAGAACCUGUCUGCAUUCAGCUGGGAUAAGUCUACUUCCUGGGCUGAGGAGAAGGCUCCUCUAACUGUGGCCUGUCUCAGGUCCAUGUUCCCCCCCGCCAAAAAGACCCAGAAACAGAUCGUAAACUACAGCCCAGGGAAUAAACCACGGCGGAUGACUGAGGAGGAGGUGAAGCAGAUGUUGGACCGAAGGAUCAGCCUCCUCCUCUCCGUGCCUCUGUACACCAGCACACUCAGAACCUGUUUCCUUCAGACAGCGUUCAGCGUGGAGAUGCUCCGACACCGCUGUCCCAUCAAACUCUUCACCAUCACCAACAGCCUCGGCAUCUCGCAGUGCAAAACCUCCGCCAGGAUCCACGCCAAGAAACUUGCCGAGGAGCACGACCGACAGGUGAAGCAGUGGAGAGACGAGAUCCAGACGACCAAAAAGACGCAGUACCGCAGUGAAGACUCCAAAAAGGCAACAGCUUACACUUUCAGCUGGGGGAAAGUUCGGGUACCGUCUGUGUCCAGGUCCGACUCCACAGAUCGAGGAUACACCUUUGUGACGUGGGCAUUUCGCUUCGCUCAUCAAGUUCGGGUUAAUUUUCGUUACCUGCACGGACUUCCAGUAAAAGCAGUGGAAGUGUCUCCUUACAGAAUCCUACCGUCCAAACAGGCAUACGAGUCGCUACGACAGCGAAUGAAAAUAUUAGUGAUGCGAAUCAUCGCCGACAACCUGACAGCCCUGAAAGGACCAAGAGGACGAGUGAUGAGACACGUCCCUCACAUCUACUCCAUCCUGAUGAAGGAGGAGAGCACCACAGUGAGUCUGGGUGCUGUGAUACCGAACACCGCAGAGGAGUCUGUUAGCUCAGCGUACGGCCUUAAAGACUACAUCCCUGUGGUUUCUGGGACACCGCACCACAUCCUGUGCUGUGGGGACGUCCUCGGCACUGACAGGACGGAGCACGGCAACAAAACACAGAGCACUGACACUCCAAACCUGAACCCUGACCUGAAGUUUGAUGGACUCGUAGAAGCUCCACAAGAGUUUCAGAAGGAACACCUGUUCCACGAGGAAAUGUUAAAGAUGCUUCUCAGUGAAAAGAGUGAGAACGCUCGAGGAACUCUUCAUCACAUCGUCUCACUGUUUCACUUCAAGACGUUCAACAACACCGCCAAAGACUACUUCCUGAACAUCUGGGACUUCAUCACGUUUGUGACGACAGCGUACGUGACUCUGUUUGCUGUGACGGACUGUGGUCUGGACUCAGUGGACCAGAAACCAUCAGACUACCCCUCUCAGGUCUCAGCUCAGAUGGACUGGCUGAGUCAACUGGCUCACAGACUGGUGGAUCUGGUGUGGAUGCCUCCACCUCAGGAGGACAUCAAUACUGCAGCUGCUGCAGCUGAAAGUCACUGUGACGGAGAGAAGAAGAAAACUUCCCCCUUCUGUUACUGCAGAGAAGAGAAACCAGGUGAGCAGCUGGUGCGGUGCUGCAGUAACCUGUGUCCAGGUAUCUGGUUCCAUGAAGGCUGUGCUCGGGCUCAGACGCUCUCAGACCCACGUGAGGAGGACUGGUUCUGUGGUCCAGACUGCAGUGCAGAUGGAACCUACGUGUACUGUCACUGUAAGGAGCAGAAGGGGGGACAGAUGGUCCAGUGUGGACUGAUGGACAAGUGCAGGAGACACGAGUGGUACCACAGAGACUGUCUGACAGCCGCCGAGCAGACCAGAGCCCAGCAGACUCCGUGGUUCUGCUCAGAGUCCUGCUCCAUGGCAUCUGACGGCGAGGACUUCCUGUUAAACUACACAAGGGCAGUGGUGUGGGAGGGGCUGUACCACAUGGCCCGACGGGACGCCAUCCAGGAGGGAGACGGAGAGGCUAUGACAGACUUCUGGAAGAUGGACCUGGUUCUGCUGUGGACCAGACAACACCUGCAGCUCUUUAACAGCGGCCACCAGAUGAUCACAGGGAUCGAGGGGUUCUACCCAGAGCGUGUCAGACAGGACAUGAAGUGGAACCGAGUGUUGAAUCUUCAGGGAACAUCAGGAGGAAACGUCAGUGUGGAUCUCCUCACUGAGCUCAUGAUCAACGAGUUCAAAGGUGUGAUAGAGUUCGGUAAAGGCAGCUUCACGAGGCAGCAGGUGGAGCAGAGCGCUCAGCUGGCCGGAGCUCAGGCCAAACACCUGGACAGACUCUUCUUCACAGGAGGAAACCCUCUGAACCUGUCCACCUACCUGUCCCGGCUGACAUCCUCAUCCUGCAGGAGGACGGACGACGUGUCCAAGUUUGUGGACGAGUUUAAGAAGGACGAGUUGUUCGCCUUUAAAGCAGGAAGAAAACAUCAGGGCUUCAACAAGUUCAGCUACCAGCAGAGGGUGAGGAGCCCCAAGAGGAUGGGGAGGAGCAUCAGGAGUCUGUGUGAGGAGCUUGACCGACGGAGAGACAACAUUCUCUGAGAGCUGUCCACAGGUCAGUCACAUGACAAUGUGACAUCAUAGUAUGAACACAUAACAUGCUUCUCAAAGUCAAGGAUGCUUCCUUGGUAGGAUGGGUCCGACAGACUCCGUUCUACGUUCAGAGCACACAUGAUGGAACAGUCUUGUGAGUGUGCAGGUGUGCGUCAUUAAAAAGGUCCCGUCUUCACUUCUGAGCUACAAGUUCAAACCAAGCGGCAAAAUCCAGGGCUGAAAAAUAAAGCCAGUGUUGAAGUGCCAAAAUCUGCAGUUCUUUCAAUGACCACUUGAGGCUGGCUCCAGAAGCCGGUCAGUCCUUGUAGACCCCCAUGUUAAAAUGCUCAACUUUACAGCAGAGAUAAACAGUCGACCAGACAGGUCAUUAGUCAGCAAGA